AUGACGGCAGUUUUCCUGGAGUCACUGACGUCCUGGGGGUCAUCAGAGAGCUCGUUCAAUUUAAAUUUUUUAUUCUCUUUAUUCUUCUUUUUCUUAUUAUACUUUUCAUCACUUCUUUCUUCUCUUCUAAUCUCCUCUCUUUUUCUUUCUUCUCUCUUCUUCUCUUUUCUUUUCUCUUCUUUCUCUUCUUUUCUUUCUUCUCUUCUCUUCUUUUCUCUUCCUCUCUUUUCUUUUCUCUUCUUUCUCUUCUUUUCUUUCUUCUCUUCUCUUCUUUUCUCUUCUUCUCUUUUCUUUUCUCUUCUUUCUCUUCUUUUCUUUCUUCUCUUCUCUUCUUUUCUCUCUUUCUUUUCUUCUCUAUUCUCUUUUCUCUUCUAUUUUUCGCUUUUCUCUUCUCUUCUUUCUUCUAUUCUUUCCUAUCUUCUACCCCAUUCAUUUGUCUCUGAAUCCUUUCCGCUUCCGUUGCCACCGUUGCCAUGGUUCCACAUCGCAGAUGAAGAGGAGCUGCACGUCCGUUGCGAGUACGCCGAAGGCUGGCCGGGCCCACAGGUUAGAGUCAACUUCUAUGAAGCUAUAGAACGUCUGUCAAUCGUAAGUUCCGGGUUUACGGCGUUGCCUCUUCGCUGGUGA